CUUAUACAACUGGUUUUAUUGAAAUAUCAGGUUUUUAUUUAGUUCCGGCUGUGUUGGAUCUGAACCGGUGUUUGUAACAGAGCACAGCGGUCUGAGUGAUCAGUACAUCAUGGCUCGGAGGUGUGGGAAUGAGAAGGAGAACAUUAGCGUGUUAGUGGAGGAAGCGCGCCGGGUUUACAGAGAGAAGUUCGCUGAGGAUCCGUGUGUGGCUGUGUGUGCUCCAGGUCGUGUUAAUCUGAUCGGAGAGCACACUGAUUACAACCAGGGAUUUGUUCUGCCUAUGGCUUUGCAUCUGGUGACAGUUAUGGUGGGCAGCAGUGCCUCUGGGAAGAGCUGUUCUGUUGUAACCACUACAGAAUCUGCAGAUGAGCCAAGGAGAGUGGACUUUGAUCUACCAACAGACAGUGCACCUCUGAUGAGGGGACAGCCAGCCUGGGCCAAUUAUGUUAAAGGCAUAGUUCAACACUAUAGAGCUCAGACCUUGCCUGCAUUUAAAGCUGUAGUAGCCAGCAGUGUGCCGCUAGGAGGUGGACUGUCCAGUUCUGCUUCACUUGAAGUGGCAGUGUACACCUUCCUUCAACAGUUGUGUCCAGAUGAUGGAAAUAAAGUAGCAAAGGCACUAGCAUGCCAGCAGGCAGAACACACUCAUGCUGGGGUGCCCUGUGGUAUUAUGGACCAGUUUGUUUCAGUGCUAGGCAGAGAGGGCCAUGCAUUGCUCAUUGACUGCAGAUCGUUAGAGGCGACCGCUGUACCACUGACUGAUCCUGGUCUGGUCAUUCUUAUUACCAAUUCCAAUGUAAGGCACUCACUGACCGGAAGCGAGUAUCCCACUAGACGAAGACAGUGUGAGGAGGCAGCAGCCAUUCUGGGCAAGAGCAGUCUAAGAGAUGCCACACUGCAAGAUCUUGAAGGUGCCAAAGACAGAUUAGAUAAUGUAACAUACCAUCGAGCUCAUCAUGUAAUAGAAGAGAUUGAUCGCACAGAAAAAGCAGCAAAGGCACUCACUUCAGGGGAUUAUCCCAAGUUUGGAAAGCUUAUGGUGGAGAGCCACAAUUCACUUAGAGACCUUUAUGAGGUGAGUUGUCCAGAGCUGGAUGCUUUGGUAACUGCAGCAAUGGAGGUUAAAGGAGUGUUUGGAAGUCGGAUGACGGGUGGAGGGUUUGGUGGAUGUACAGUUACGCUGCUUCAAUCUGAUGCCACAGAAAGAACUAUACAGCACAUAAAGGAUAGGUACAAAGGAUGCCCCACUUUUUAUAUAACAACCCCAUCUGAUGGAGCUCAAGUCCUUACUUUAUAAAUGAGAAAUCAAAAAUAAAGUCAAAACAAUAUUCCAACACAUUUUGAUUUUCCAAACUGAUUUUUGAAAACUUUUUGUUUUUUAAAAAUAUGUAUUCCAUUUUAAUCAGUCAGUUUCAAUGAAAAUGUAGUUUCUUUGUACAGUUAUGUGAAGAAAUAUUUAAAUAAAAAAUGUAAUUAAAUCUCAACUAAAUGAAA